ACCUUGGUAGCAUUUGAAACAGCAUCAGCCAUAACAACAGAAAUGGCCAGUCAGUCCCAGGCUAUCCAACAGCUUCUGCAAGCUGAGAAGCGGGCGGCUGAGAAGGUGGCAGAUGCCAGGAAGAGGAAGGCCAGGCGACUGAAGCAGGCAAAGGAGGAGGCACAGAUGGAGGUAGAGCAAUACCGCAGAGAGCAAGAGCAGGAAUUCCAGAGCAAGCAGCAGGCGGCCAUGGGCUCCCAGGGGAACCUGUCAGCUGAGGUGGAGCAGGCUACGGGGCGCCAGGUGCAGGGCAUGCAGGGCUCCCAGCAGAGAAACCGAGAGCACGUCCUGGCCCAGCUUCUUGGCAUGGUCUGCGACAUCAGGCCCCAGGUCCACCCCAACUACCGGCUUGCUGCCUAGGACCCACCGCAGGGCCUGACUCCUUCUGCCAGUUCCCUUCGUCAAAGAAACCCGCUAAUCGAAAUCACCUCCCACCAUAGUUCUUUUCUCCUUUCCAUUCCCUGGAAAUCCUAGGAGGCAGGAUCCAGUAAUUUUCCCAUGAAACUUAUAAAUGUCCUGCUCAAACCUGAAUCUCCUUGUUCUUUAACCCUCACUGGGAACUUGUAAACUCCCAAGUCAUUCUCACCCAACCCAUUUGUGCAAAUUGUAAUCCUGGGAAGUAGCGAUGUGGAAAACACCCUGACUUCAGAGCCUGGCAGACUGUGUGCCUCUGCUGACCUGACUUGCUGGCUGUGCAACCAGGACAAGCUACUUCUUAUAGCCUCAAUGUUCUCUUCUGUGAAACUGGGAUAAUAAUAAUGCCAGGGUUUCUGCAAAGAUUAGGAAUCAUUAUGUGGAGAGUCUAGCAUGGUUCCUGGCGUGCAGUAGCUGUGAUUCAAUAAAGGGCAACCGUGUGAUAUUAUUACCACUCCCGUUCACCAGCUAGAACCUAUAUAGCUGUUUCCUCAAUUUCAUCAGUGGCUCUUUAAUUCCACUCAUUCAUGCUGUAACCCUGGUAAUUCUCUGAAGAAUUGGUUCUUCCCCCAACUCUUUUCCCAGAUACUUUAUAAUCUCAAAAAAGAUGAAAUCAUGACUUCACUUAGCCCUCUAUUGUGGAUCCAGGUAGAUACUGCAUCUUGUGGCCUUUUUGUUUCUCUUAUGCUAGUCUUGUUCUUUGUUGGAUUUUCCCCGUUUCCUAUUUCCCCAAAGACCCAUCAGAUGCUCACUGCUUCCUAAGAUCUAAGGUGAUGCUGUGUCCCCUCAUAUGCAUGGCCUUCCCUUGUACAUCCUUGACACCGUACUUUCCCUUUGUAACAAUAAAAAAGUGUCAAUAAAAUAAUCAUGAGCA